AUGUCUGCGUUCCGACUUCCUGCUCUCCGCCAUGCCUUUGGAAAUACAACAUCGCCCUAUCUGAGGGGGAUACAGCGAAGGCAUGCCCAGGUGCACGAUGUACGCUUCCUAGUAACGCACCGCCAGCCUGACAAGAUUAUCGAGGAGAAAUACAAAGAGAAGCUGUAUCAAAAAGCAAAGGAGCAAGGUCUUAAAGACGUGGAUGAGUUGAAGACUGUCUAUCAAGAUAAGAUCCGGAGCCAACGGAGACAAGCACUUGCACCCAAUUCCAUCAGUCCAGCAACAUCGUCUGGCUUCCCUGCGCCGCCGCCUCCGCCUCAAGUUCCUGAUCAUCCGACACCCAAAGCAUCAUCCCAGACCACUCCCUCCAACAAAUCCCCAAUUCCGCCGGGCGUUAAACUUCUUUCCUCGUACAUCGACAUUCCCAAGACGCUUGAGCUUCCCCAGAAAGAGAUAGAAUACAUAUGGCGUCUUCGCCACGCUUCUGAUCCUCAAUCGCUUUGCGCUGUCAUUCCCCGGUCCACCUACAAUAGCAUCGAGGCGACGGCUCGGCGACAUCCGCAAUUUAUACUUCCAAUUCCAAGAGGAGGCAAAGGGGCAGAGAUACACUUCCUGCAAUGGACCUUCCCAUCACCCACUACAUCCACCGUGCUGUUCACCCAUCUGGCAGAAUUCAAGUCAAGAGGCGAGUAUGCCCAACCACACACAACAGUCACACAUCAUCUCGAUCUUGCCGAUUCCAAGGGGUUGGUACUACUUCAAGGAAAUGUGGUGGAUGGCAGAGGUAUCACGGUGGACGAAGGCAAAUGGCUACUGAUGUGUCUACAAAAGUUCUAUGGGGCGGAGCAUAAAGUGGAAAGGAAGAAACUACUUGAGCAAUUUAGCCAAGGUGAUGGAGGUUUCAAAGUGGAAGAGUUGCUUGAGGAAGCCGAGAAGGUUGUCUGA